UCGGUCAUCAAAUGCCGUUGCCAUGGGGCGCGCGCCAGGCGAUUUUCUAGAUGUCGGGGUAGACUCGAGGUAGGUCUGCUAACUGUCAAGUCUCUCAUUGCUGCUCAUCCCAAUUUCCUCUUUCUACUACUUCAACACCUUCCGUGACAGGCGUGUACAUAGUACUAUCUUGCUUACCUAGUGCCAAUUGAGUUCACAUAUCAGAUAGCAAUGGCUGCACUACCUUUGACGCUCGCAGCUCCAGCAGCAGUAGCAUCUCUCGCCUACCUACGAGCCAAGACCAGUUUCCCCAAUGACUACGCCAUCCUCAAGGCGACUGUAUGCGGGGCCCUCUAUGUCAGGAACUGCGUCAAGAACGACCGCGUAAACCUCUUCUACGAACUCGAAAAACACGCCCUCGAUCCAAAGACACGCGACCACUCUUUCCUCGCCAUCCCACCACACAUUCCAAAAGACGUUGCGACACCAGCAGAUCUCAAGGGUUUACAAGCAACAGAAUGGAGUUACAAGCAAGUCUAUGAGACGGUCUUGAAGUUUGCCGCAUGGCUGAAGCAAGAGCAUGGAGUCAAGAAGGGCGAUAUGGUCGCCAUUGACUAUACGAACAAGACUCAAUUCGUGUGCUUGUGGUUCGCACUGUUCAGCUUGGGAGCAAAAGCUGCCUUCAUCAACACAAACCUGAAGGGCAAGGCCUUGUUGCAUUGUGUCAAGGCUUGCAAGGCGAAGUUGUUGAUUGUGGAUCCUGCUAUUGAGGAUGCACUCACAGACGAGGUUCGACAAGAGCUUGCGAACUCGGUGCAAGCUGUUGUCCUAGACGACGUGACUGAGGGCAGAAUUGUUGCAACCGCAGGGCUGCGAGUGCCCGAUGAGGAAAGAGGUGGUGACAAGAUCAGUGAUACAGCAGUGCUCAUCUUCACCUCUGGAACCACUGGCUUGCCCAAACCUGCUGUCGUACCUUGGAAGAAGUUCCUACUGUCUGGCAGAACAGUGAGCAACUGGCUCGGUGUCAAAUCGACGGAUCGAUACUACACGGCAAUGCCCCUCUACCACAGUUCAGCAAGUAUCCUCAACAUCUCAGUCGUCCUUCACGCCGGUGCAACAACAAUCUUAUCUCACCACUUCUCUCCCAAGACCUUCUUCGCUUCGGCCACAGCCUCAAAAGCGACAAUGAUGCAAUACAUCGGCGAGAUGUGCCGCUACCUCCUCAGCACUCCGCCCUCUCCUUUCGACAAGUCACACACCAUCCGCAUGGCCUUCGGAAACGGCCUUCGCCCGGACGUAUGGCAGAAAUUCAAGGAACGCUUCAACAUCCUCGAAAUCGCCGAGUUCUACUCAGCCACCGAAGCAGUCGGCGGCAGUUUCAUAAAGAGCAAGAACAACUUCGGUCUCGGUGCCGUGGGAAGAGCGGGAACAACUCUACAAACACUCAUGGGCUCACAAACCGCUAUCGUCAAACACGAUGUCGAAACCGGAGAACCCUACCGCAACUCUUCCAACCUCUGCGAAAGAGUGAACCCGGGAGAAUCAGGGGAGUACAUCAACGCUCUCGAUCCAAACAACAUCAGCGACAAAUAUGUAGGCUACUACGGCAACCAAAAAGCAAGCGACUCGAAAAUCCUGCGGGACGUAUUCAAAGCUGGCGACGCAUGGUACAGAUCCGGCGACCUGUUGCGAAAAGACACACAAGGCCGUCUCUUCUUCGUCGAUAGAAUCGGCGACACUUACCGCUGGAAGAGCGAAAACGUCAGCACAAACGAAGUCGCCGAAGCUCUAUCCACCUCCCCUCACAUCGAAGAAAUUAACGUCUACGGCGUCGCCUUGCCAAACCACGACGGACGAGCAGGCUGUGCGGCAGUAAUGCUGAAAUCCGCACCCUCCUCUCAAGUCCUCAAGGAAAUAGCCGCACACGCUAGAGAAAAGAUGCCGAAAUUCGCGAUCCCUUUGUUCUUGCGAGUGGUUAGGGAGUUUGAAGUCACGGGCACUGCUAAGUAUACUAAACAUGGGUUGAGAGAGCAAGGUGUUGAUCCUGGUAAGGUUGGAGAGGAUGGAUUGUUUUGGUUGCCUGUGGGUGCCGAGGCUUAUACGGAGUUUAGGAAGAGGGACUGGGAUGGUGUUGUGGGUGGUGGUGUUAAGCUUUGAGUGUGAAGCGUCUACGAGAGCUACGUUCGAUAUAUAUAUGUACUGGAGAUGAAGAAGUUGUAGACAGGUUUCUCUGCUCGUUCCCUCUUCUCAAAGCUAACGUGAGCUUCCCUCGUUUUGACGACGAUGGAUUCGUCACUAUCGAAGCAGCGGUGAUCGGGGACGUCGCAGUGGCUAGAGUCAACCAUGAAAGGCUUUUGGGUAUCUGAGGGUAGCAGGCUCCAGAUCGAUCUCUUUGCCGGAGGUCUGUGUCCAGAGCUAUGCCAAUGAACCAUU